AUGGUUCUGAUUGCUACGCCGUCGUAUGUCACGGAGUUCAACGCCAGCGAUGGUGACGUCACCUUACGUCACGACGAAGGGUGGCCGGAAGAGUUGGAGGAGGAAUUCUCCGAGAACUUCCAGAGAGCGGUCACUGUGCUCGGAUACCUGUACACAUUUUUCAUCCCGAUGCUCAUUGGGCUGGGCUUGAUUGGAAACGGGCUGUCCUUCGUCACGUUCCUGUUCACGCGACUCAAAGUCCGGGCGUCAAGCUUUUACCUGGGGACCCUGGCGCUCUCAGACUUCGGCUACCUUUUCCUCAUGGCCUUCGUCUGGCUCGACAAGCAAGGAGUGAAAAUACUGAACAAGCGCGGUAUGUGCCAGGGAAUCCUCUACCUGUCAUCGGCGUUCAGCUUCUGGUCCGUGUGGCUCACUGUGACCUUCACUGCGGAGCGCUGCUUCGCCGUCCAGUGCCCCCUUUGGAGGCUUCAGCUGGGUACAAGAUGCCGUGCGCGGAUCACCGUUGGUGCAACGGCGGCCGCCUCUCUGUUGCUCAACGCCUACCUGCUCCUGCUCACUGAUGUAAUCGUCGAAGAAGAUGGCGCCUCAGCCUGCCAUCACAGACCCGAGUUCGAACAGAUCCUGCACUACACCAACAUCAUGGACACGGUGGUCACACUCAUAGUGCCUUUCAUCUUGAUCGUUAUCAUGAACUUCAUGAUCGGCCGUGCUCUGUACCUAUUCAACGCACGUCGAAGGCUUCAGCGAGUCAACAGCGUACAAAUGGACACUGCAGACGCUGACAACCGCAACACUUCGACAGGCUGCUCGCCAACGGCGAGCAACAAGGCCAUUCCCACCACGGUGUCCGCCAACGGCUGCACGCAGGUCCACCACCAGUACCCCGAGCGGCUGCUCAUGAACCCCAGCCAGAUCAGCGUGUCCCGCAUGCUGUUCCUUGUGUGCACCGUCUUCAUCAUCCUCAAUUUGCCCAGCUACGUCGUUCGCAUACACGUCUUCGUGUUGUCCAUAAGCAACCAGCCCGUGCCGGACUACGUGUUGCUGCUGCAGCGUUACUUUAUGCUGCUCUACUACACAAACUUCGCCGUCAACUUCAUCCUCUACAACCUGGGCAGCCGCAUCUUCCGGCGCAUGAUGAAGCAGUACGUGGCGAGAAAGUGGCGCACCCUGAGCUCGCUUUGCCGCUCCUCGGACGGCUUUGAGACCAGCGGCGGCGUCGGCGACGUCGGCGUGGGCUCGUUAAAGCCCCACAACCAGCACAACGCGGUGGGCCGGCACAAGGCGGACGCCGAAGACUUGAUGCGGGGACCUGGGACGAGGUGGCUGCUGGCCUGCGGCCGAGGCCGGCGACCGCGAAACCCGUCCCGAUACACAGCGAUCCUCGAAGACACACCUGCUCGAGGCGCACCGCUGCUGCUACCGGUUUCCGGUGGCCAAGUCGAGCUCCGACGGCAGCUUCGGCUUUGGACCGAGGGAGUGCCGACACGGCGACAAGAGUACGACGUAAGCGCAGUCUACCGCUCAGGUCGUAAGCACACUGAUGCAGACGCUCUGUCACGUUCUCCGCUGCCAGCCGACACUGCCUCCGUCUCCACCUUCGAGGCAGUGUCGUCGGUCCACAUCGACACCCCCACCUCAGAACAGCGCAAGUAUCCCUGA